GUCAUCCUGGACUUCACUGUGCUGGUGAAGAUGGGACAAACUGCAACUUUGCCCUGCAGAAAAGGUGGAACGUACGUCAUCGAGCUUUAUGAAUGGUUCAGUUUCUGAAUGAGUGUCCAAGUGGCCUGAUCACCCUGCAUGAGUUCAGACGGCACUUCUGCAAUGGGACGGUAGGGAAGGAAUCAGCAGAGUAUGCAGAGCAGAUCUUUCGAACACUCGAUAACAAUGGGGAUGGAGUUGUGGACUUCAGAGAAUAUGUGACCGCCAUCAGCAUGUUGAUUGAGGGCUCGACGGUGGAAAAACUGCGCUGGUCCUUCAAACUUUACGACAAAGACAAAGACGGAGCCAUUACACGAUCAGAGAUGCUGGAAAUCAUGCAGGCGGUGUACAAGAUGAGUGUUGCAGCAUCACUCACCAAACCUGAUCCCCUGACCGCUGAAGAGUGUACCAACAGGAUUUUUGUACGACUGGACAAAGAUAACAAUGCCAUCAUCAGUCAAGAUGAGUUCAUUGAAGGCGCACUGAAUGACGAAUGGAUCAGAGAGAUGCUGGAGUGUGAUCCCAACACAGUGAAGAUGGAGAGAUCUCUUAAAGGCCACACAGUGCUGUAAAGCUGUGUGUCUGUCACACAUUCUGCAUGAAUGAGGCCAUGGCUGAUGGCGCAGCAUUGAUUGUUGAUGGCACUGUUACGCCUUCAAGAUGAGAAGUUCAAGCAUUAUAGACCUAGUAUAUUUCAGUUGAGUUAUAAACGUGGACUGUAUAAACUGACACAAUCAAAUGACAUUCUGCUUCUGAUAUUGUGAUACAUGUGUAUUCAUAGAUAUUUGAUUUUCAGUAUUUAAAUUUAAAUGUUGUGUUUUUUUUUGUUUUUUUUUUUAUUGUGUGUGUGGUUUAAAAAAAUCUACAGGUCAUAAAUAUUCUUUGUUAUCAUUAAUCUAAAUGUGCAUUGUUUCCUAAAUUAUAUCCUCUUCUCCUA